AAAAUUUCCUGCAAAUGAAACUGGCCUACAAAAAAAAUCCUGCAAGCGGUGAUACCUAAAAACAAUAAGUCAAUAUGCCCAAGAAAAAAGUUCGUUGACAGGGUUCAAUGUACUCACUUCCCUGAUUGACGUGGCUCGGUCAUUUUAGUUACGGGCCUUGAACAUCGAACAAUCAGCCUACUUGAUCAGUUAUACCGUUCAGACAAAGCCUUAAACAUUUUUGUACCUCAUGAUGACGGCACAUUCUUACAUCGUGCUGUGCUUUACAAUAAUUGCAGUUUGUAUCCAGGAAUGUAUGGCAACCAGUCCAGUGGCAGUGGAUCCGACUGAAACCAAAGGUGAGACAGCGAAAGACAACACAGAAAAUCAAGGUAAUGUACAAGUACUAUGAAUUUCAAUCUAAUAACAGAGCUGUUGUUCUCAAUAUAGCGUUCGAAAAAAACUUUCCUAACUGGUAUUGAAAAAGAGAUAAAAGUAAUCAAUUUAUAACGACAAAAAGAUUAUUGCCAGUUGGCAACACCAGAACGGCUUCAAUAUCACCCUAAAGGAUACAAAUAGAGCAAUCAGCAACAGAUUCCAGCCAGGUGGAAAGAAAUUUUGAAAAAUUUAAAUGUAUAGGGACAAAUAACCAGACAAUUUUUACAUUUUGUCGUAUGUCUCACUAUACAAUAAUGAGCCGAACUUCAAGAAUAUCAAACUACAAAACUAAAGAAUCUAAAGGCGUUUGUUGUGUUGCAGCAGUGGAAUGCUACUCAUCUUGAGCCGCUCAAAAUCUGUAAUGCAAAUUAGUAUAUUCAAUGUACCCUCUGCUAAUUUGCUUAUAAGUUUUAAUGCCAUGGUUUGAGAACUCUUGGCUCUUGAGGUGUUAGCCGCACACCCUAUAUACGACUUCAGUAAAUCGGCAACGAAAGAGUAAUUCAUGCUACUUAAACUGAAAUGAACGUGACCAUAAUUUCCGAUUAAAGCAAGGUUAAACUAAAAGCAGCUCUCGCCUGUAAAAUAUUUGAUAUUAUAAAAUAACUAAGAUAGCUCUGAUUGGCCGAGAGGAGUGUUUGCAUGAGAGUAUGUAAACAUGUUUGUGACGUCAAGAUGUUUUCCUUUUCGCGCGCUAAUCACGGAAGCACAAAUUUGAAAAAGUUUUUGAGUUCAAAACUCGACAAGUUUACUUUAUUUAUCCACUCCUUCGUCGGCUGAAACUUGGAACAUCUUUACAAACAAGCUGUGCCAAUUUUGUUGUCGCUUAAGGUGACGUUUUAAGCGAGAAAAAUCCGUAUUUUGGAAAGCAUCGUUUUGCAAAACAAGAACUGAUUACGCGUGCAAGCCUUCGUGUACACGACUUUGUGACUGGUAAGAAUUUCUCUUUUAAUCAGUACCAUAACAAAGAGUUUUGCGUUUUUCUCGGGAAAGUUAUUUUAUAAAAGCAAUAGAAAACUUUUUUUCGUUUCUUUGCAUAGCCUGAUUCAAACACUCGAGGGGUUGGGACAAGAUCUGGACAGUUUUGCAAACCCACGACUUCCUCCCGGGUUUACAUAACUGUCGAGAAUUCUCGCAACCCCUCUCGUGUUUAUAUCAGGCUAUGCAAACACGGAAAACGUUUUCUAUUGCUUAACUAUGAUCUCUCCUAGUUCUAACAUAUAACAGUGAAAUUUGGGGUGUGCAUGCCAAACCAGAUUUUAAGACCUAGGACGGCUCACAAAUCGACAAAGCACACCUUCAAUUUUGUAAACGAUACUUGGAGGUAAAGAACAAAGCUUCUAAUAUAGCUUGCAGAGCAGGGCCCGGUUCCUGAAAGACCGAUUAGCCCUAAUCCAGGAUUAAAAUUUUGCUCCACUUUUUCGCAUUAACUUUCCUAUACAUUGUUUUAGAGUUAGGCUCAACAGUAUUUUGUAAACUUGAGUUACAUGUUCUUAGAGAAGAAAAGCGUGCUUAAUAACUAGGCUUAAUCUGGGGUUAAUUAACCAUCUUUCGAGGAACCGGGCCCAUAGCUUGGUCGUUUUCCUUUAAAUAUCACUAUCAAUCAAAAAUUCUCAAAUACAUUUUGUAUCAUUUCAGUCUAAAGAUGAGGAAUCUAUCUUCAAACAAUCUUUUUAAUGUCAUUUGACUUACACUGUAAUGGCUAAAAUAGCUUCCACUUUCAUUUGCUGAAUAUGUCAAUAUUUUAAGCUUCCUGACUUUAACCCUGAUUUACUAGACAUAGCUAUGGUAAAAAGCUAUGUAAGUUCAAUGAAACAGGAAUAUAUCUCAUAUUGGCAAAAUACCCUUCAACAUUCUCAAAAACUUGAAUUUUGUAGAUCUUUUAAAACCGAUCAUACCACCUCUAGUUUCGUAGACUUAACAACAAGAACAGCUGGGAGAAGGGCUUUAGUAAAACUACAAAUAAGCAAUCACAAACUAAAUGAUAGAAUUGGUCAGAUACGACUGACCAAACUACGAAGGAUAAAAGGCAUUGCCCUUUUUGUGGAUCCAACCUAACAGACGACGAAAUUCACUUUCUUUUUCACUGUCCUACACACCCUAUGAUUAGGAAUAAUUUUUACAAUAAAGUCAAGACUCUGAUUCGAAAUAUUACCCAGCUACCCAUAAACGCUUUGAUCAAUGAACUGAUGAACUCCUCUAAUUAGUUUAGCAAUGUACAAUUCAUAUAGUUCAGCUUGCUUUGAUGUUUGUGACAAAUUAUUGUCAAAGUAACGUAAUUACCCUAUGAUGUAAUUUUGAUUCUUAAAAUUUAAAUAGCUUUUGCAAUACUGUAUGUGUUUGUACGGUCAUGCAAAUAAAGCUCGUUGUUGCAAGUCGAAAAAUUUAGUUAGUUACAAGACCAAGCUGCAACUACGGUGGCCCACAACGGCAAUACACAAAUAUAUAUUAUAUUACUGCAUUCUAUGUCUUAGUACACAAACAUAUUCAUUGGCUGUGCGAGUAUAUUUACCAGUACAAUAAAAUAUACACCAGUACAACAAUAUGUAUCCCAGUACAGAAAUGUUAAUUUCAGUACAAAAAUAUAAACUCCAGUACGGAAAGAUAUCUCCAAUUCUUAGUACACAAAUAACAGCUCCAGUAAAAAUAAAUAUCAAUCUCUGAGUACAGAAACAUAAGUUUCAGAACAAACAUAUUCAUCGGUUGUGCGACUAUAUUUUUCAUUCAUGUAUACAACAGUACAACAAUAUUUAUCCCAGUACAAAAAUAUAAAUCUCAGUACUAAAAUAAAAGUUGCGGUACAAAAAAUGGAAACAAAAUGGAAACAAAAAUACAAUAACAGUACAACAAUGUGUAUCCUAGUACAGAAAUAUAAAUUUCAGUACAAAAAUAAAAGUUUCGGUACAGAAAAAUAUUUUUUAAAGAAAUUUGGAAAAAAUCGGUAGGUACUUUAUAUAUGAUUAUUACUGUGUACCUAAAUAUAUGCUUAUUAUAGUGUACCUAAACAAACCUUAUAUAUUUCAUUAUUAUAAAGUAUCUCAACUAUACAGCUCUAAACACCACCUUACACCUCUAUACCACACCAUACAUCACCACACAUCCAUGUAUAACACCGUACACCCCCAUACAUCACCAUACACCCAUUUCAGCAUCCAUGUAUAAUACCAUGCACCUCUAUACAUCACCAUAUACCUCUUUUUAUCACCUUACACCUCUAUACAUCACCAUACACCCAUCUAUAAAACCAUGAGCCUCUGUACAUCACCAUAUACCUCUAUACAGCACCAUAAACCCAUGUAUAAAACCAUGAACCCCUAUACAUCACCGUAUAUCUCUAUACAAUAUCUUACACCCCUAUUCAUAACCAUACUCUUGUAUACAGUGGUCAUGUGUAGAGGUCUAUGGUUAUGUAUAGGGGUGUAAGGUGAUGUAUAGAGGUAUAUGGUGAUGUAUAGAGGUAUAUGGUAAUGUAUAGAGGUGUAUGGUAAUGUAAGGGGUUCACGGUUUUAUACAUGGGUGUCUGGUGAUUUAUACAGGUGUAUGGUGAUGUAUAGAGGUGCAUGGUAUUAUACAUGGGUGUAUGGUGAGGUUUAGAAGUGCAUAGCGUUAUACAUGGAUGUGUGGUGAUGUAUAGGGGUGUAUGGUGAUGCAUAGAGGUAUAUGGUGAAGUAUAGAGGUGCAUGUUGUUAUAAAUGGGUGUAUGUUUAGAGGUAUUUCGUGAGUUGUAGGGGUGCAUGGUGUUGGAUGGUGAUGCAUGGGGUUGUAUAGAGGUGUAUGGUUGUGUUUAGUGCUGUAUAGUCGAGAUAAUUUAUAAUAAUGAAAUAUAUAACGUUUGUUGAGGUACACUAUAAUAAGCAUAUAUUUAGGUACAUGGUAAUAAUCAUAUAUGAAGUACCUAACGAUUUCUCCAAUUUUUCUUUUUUUUAAUUUUUCUGUACCGAAACUUUUAUUUUUGUACUGAAAUUUAUAUUUCUGUUCUGGGAUACACAUUGUUGUACUGUUGUCAUAUUUUUCUUUCCAGUUUUUUUUUUAAAUUUUUUGUACCGCAACUUUUAUUUUUGAAGUGGGAUUUUUAUUUUUGUACUGGGAUAAAUAUUAUUGUACUGUUGUAUACAUGAAUUUUACUGUACCGAAGAAUUUAGUCGCACAACCGAUGAAUAUGUUUGUUCUGAAACUUAUAUUUUUGCACCCAGAGAUUGAUAAUUUUUUUACUGGAACUGUUAUUUGUGUACUAAGAAUUGGAGAUAUCUUUCCGUACUGGAGUUUAUACUUUUGUACUGAAAUUAACAUUUCUGUACUGGGAUACAUAUUGUUGUACUGGUGUAUAUUUUAUUGUACUGGUAAAUAUACUCGUCAAUGAAUAUGUUUGCGUACUAAGAUAUAAAAUGAAGUAAUAUAAUAUAUAUUUGUGUAUUGCCGUUGUGGGCCACCGUAUGCAACGGCUAGCUUCAUAAUGCUUUGAGAGUAGUAAUUGACUAUUUUCCAAUUGCCCAUAAUACACUCUGUUUGCCCCCCAAAUUUUGCAUAACUUAUGUCUUAAAAUGCUCUUGGGAAAAUACAAUACUCCCAGGAGCAUUUAAAAACAAUGGUUUAUGCAGAAUUUGGGGGGCAAACAGAGUGUAUUAUGGGCAAUUGGAAAAUAGAGAAUUGAUUCAGGUAACCAUGCAGAAACUCUAAACCGGCAGCCAGCUGUGCAGCUGUAACAUUCCUAUAAUGCAAAUUCCCUCUGCAAAAAUUUUUCCGGUGUCCGAGCCGCAAAGUACAGCACUUGCGUUAACCCUAUAAACUAGUAGUUUAAGAGAAAAUGGAAGCACUUAAGCAUUGGGAGAAUUUCUCGUGCUGUCGAUAUAUCUUAAAGGGUAGCCUACGAAAACAUCCGUUUCUCCUCGCUCUUCGCCUCUGGGGACGUUUCGCGCGGGGGAACGUCUGCGACUCAGCGACAGAAAUUCUAUACUGAUGACGUAAAAUCCGUCCGGAAUCCGGUCAGUAGCGCCGAUUGGUCGACGAAGUAGUUACAUUGUUUUAGCUAUUGUUUACGAAUGACAGACAAAAGACAAAAGGCCACAAAGGUCAAAUGUAAAUGCGAAGAAUCUCGAGCAAAACAGUCAAUAUUUGUGGAAUAAACUCUUCUCUAGAAGAAGCGUUUGAGUUUUGCUGGAGCUCGUUGGCAGAUGAACACAACACUUUACCAAAAUCGACCAGAAGACACGUAAAAUUGGACAGAUUUGUAUUUGGAACCCCAUGAUUACCGGAUUUAUUAUGUAAACAUUGAUUUGCGUCAUCAGUAUGGAAUUUCUGCCGCUGAGUCGCAGACGUUCCUCCUCACAGUAGUGGUGGUUGUUGGCUCCCCGACAACGGAUUUGUUGGAAUCCAUGGGUUGUCUUUUGAGAGACACAGAGACUGUGUACGCUAUUUCACAAAUGCUGACCGAAACAACGAUCGAUUCAGUUAGAAACUAGCGUCCGACAGGCAAAACACGACUCAUAAGCUCGUGAUAAUGUGAAACAUGACUUUGAGAGUCUGCUUGAACAGAUCGGUUUUUCUUCUCUUCUCUCUCUCGCGCGAAUUAUCAUCUUUUUGCCUCUACGAACACGGUCUAAGUCUCCUAGUCUAGAAGCUUUUUAUUAUAUCCGUCCAUUCACUCUAUAAAUUCCAUGUUUCUUGUUUUGUAUUCUCACACUUUAAUAGCCUUCCACCUGCCUCUCUUUCUUUAGUGCUCCUCCACUUUAAUUGUGAUUUUCAUUGUUAUCUAAGUCGUUCUCGUUCAACUUGCAUAAAAUGUCUCUCAGGUAUCAACUUCCUCUUAGUUCUCAAGCCCCGAUUUAGGAUUAUUUGGAAAGAUAUUUUAUUUAUAACUCAGUUUGACGUUUUUUGCAGCCAAUGGCAAAUCAGUACUUUUGAUUAUAGUGAUUACCAUAGUAGCAACCGACGAGGAACUGCAUUCUUGCAGAAUUCAUAACAUUCGCAUAGACACAACAGUAAAUUCCUACGAAGGAACAACAAGACAUCGCGCUUUUGUUUAAAGACUCACUUCUGAUCUCAAAAAAAAAUUAAAUGGACUACAUCAGGCUAUCAGCGGUUAGAGAAUGAUCUUGACUCACGCAGAGCAUAAUUCUCCAUACUUGGCUGGUAGCUUUAGUUUAUGCUACCGUGUACAACUCAAAUCUGAAGAUCUCAGUCACUAUCCGUGAAAACUCAAAAUCCUUGAAACAACACUUAUGAGCUGGGCUCAGCGUCAUACUCACAUAGCAGCCCGGGAGGGGCGGUGGAUACUCAACAAAUUCUUAUACGGCGGAGGCCCACCCUUAACCUUUUAUAUACCAUUUUUCAUGAUUUCGUAUACAUUCUAUUGACAAAUGGUACUCCUUUCACAUACCUUGCUUAGAACGUUGUAUCCCUUUUAACUGCUGGAAACCCGAACUGUCAUAAAAUAGGAAUCAGUCACUAAUGUAGAACGCUUUCUCGACGGGUAAGGAGUUGGACCUCGGGGCGGAGCCUCCCCGUACAAAUAUUUGUUGAGUACCUCUCCGGGAUUUCGGGCGGAGCCUCUCCGUAUAGGCCAUCAUAGGGAGUACCCUCUCCCCUGGCAUAGCAGGAUAUAAUCACAUUCCCGGACAAAGAAACUUACAUGCAUGCAUGUAGUUAUUCUGCAGAUCCAGGAUUUACGGAGAAAACCAUAGAAACUAAAAUCUUUAUUUAGCCGUAAUACUAAAUUAAAGCUUUAGGCUUAAACAGAGGUCAAAAAAAAUUAAAACACUUUACAACUGCAUCUGAGUUCAACGCCUAUCAGGAACACCUAAAGAACCAUAAACCACAGGAAAUGAUUACUCAUUAUGCAUGUAAUACUCUGUAGUGCUAGUAACUUUAACUUUAACUUUUUUAUUCCAUCGUUUAUAUAUAGUACAAAACUCAGUAAAGCCAAAGCCGGGGGCUUAUACGACCUGUGGUCAAAAUGACAGAAAUUAUUUUAUGUAGAAAUGAAGCCACUAAAGGCUAAAUUUCAAAACUAAAACAAGAUACAAAACUUAAAUUAAGUAAUGCAAGCAGUCCUAUAGCAGAAGUAAAACUAGAAGUACUAGUGACAAAUAAACUAACAAUAAACUAUGAUAAUCCUGCGCUAAUUCAAUUCAGGCUUAAAAAGUAAAGUUUUAGUUUCUAUUUAAAGUCAGUGGUGGUAAGGCUGUUACGGACAGUCAAGGGUAUAUCAGUGGGAUAUCCUUGGCCAAAUAAUCGCGGCUUGAGAACUAAUAGCAAAUUGAUACCUGAGGGACAUUUUAUGCAAGUUGAACGAGAACGACUUAGAUAACAAUGAAAUCACAAUUAAAGUGGAGGAGCACUAAGGAAAGAGAGGCAGGUGGAAGGCUAUUAACGUGUGAGAAUACAAAACAAGAAACAUGGAAUUUGUAGAGUGAAUGGAUGGAUAUAAUAAAAAGCUUCGAGACUAGGAGGCUUAGAACGUGUUCGUAGAGGCAAAAAGGUGAUAAUUAGCGCGCGAGAGAGAAAAGAUGAAAAACCGAUCUGUUCAAGCAGAUUCUCAAAGUCAUGUUUCACAUUAUCACGAGCUUAUGAGUCGUGUUUUGCCUGUCGGACGCUAAUUUCCCCGGGGGGGGGGGGUACUCCCAUACAUUACCUAUACGGGUAUAUGCCGCCCAACGGGGUGGUGAGUUUGAACCUCCUGAUUUAGAACGGAUCCAUUUCAGAGGCGUUUGCUAGAACGGGGUAUAAUAUUUCGAACGCACGAAAGCUCCAGUUUUGUAAGCAGCUAUUUGAAAUUAUUCAAAGACAGAUUGCUUUUAAAAAUACGGUUCAACGCGUUUAAUAACAAGCAAACUGUUGUACUCUUGUUGCACCCUAGAACGGAGUAUAAAAAAUUGGCCCAUUUCUAGAACGGGGUAUCCGUUUUAGGGCGAAUUCUAGAACGGGGUAUCAAUUUGUAGUCCCGGGCGGCACAUACCCACCCAAAAAAUACCCAAGAGCUUCCCCCGGGCUAAUUUCUAACUGAAUCGAUCGUUGUUUCGGUCAGCAUUUGUGAAAUAGCGUACACAGUCUCUCAAGAGACAAUCAACGGAUUCCAACAAAUCCGUUGUCGGGGAGCCAACAACCACCACUACUGUGAGGGCAAUAAAUAAGAACCAAAUCUUGCUCGAAAUUAACCCGGCCAUUGCCGCCAUGCUUGAUUCAAACUGAAGUUACUUUUCAGCUCCAUCGUACAUGAAGGGGUUUUUUGCUGACGGUAUAUUUCGGUGCCUCUUAUACGACGACUUUUUGUGACCCCAUAUACCACAUGCUUGUUUCUAACGCAUAUAUCUGGGCUUUUUUGUGCGCAUAUAUAUGCGCGUUUGUAAGAAAGAACGCAAGUAUAAGUGGUAAAAAAAACGCACGUAUAUCGUGUAGCAGGAAUGAUUGCAAGUAUACGUGGGAAAAAACCGCACGUAUAUCGUGUCAUAAUUUUGAAACAAAUGGCCGACCAUAGCGGCAGGCCUUUCAACAGUGAAUCAAAGCUUGAUUCUCUGAGUAAAAUAACAGUAGUUGUCGAGGGUCAGAAUUAAGCCUUGUUGGUGUAUAGGUAUAGGUAUCGGUGCUAAAUUAAUAUUCAACUGCGUUACUGCUUAACAAUUUAUCAAGUUAGUGUCAAGUACGGUAUAGGAAUAGGUAAAUCAUUAACAUUCACAUACCUUCCUGCAUACUAAUUCGGUAUAGGUUUAAUAUAUAGAUUUAGCCAGCCUGUUAAACUCACAAGUGACGUAAAACAAAGGAAACAAAGAAGUCAGCACAAUAGAACGAAGAAAAACAAAAGGUGCGAAACAAAUAAAAAGUUCACAGGUUCUUACUCCUAGGUAAACCACUAAAAGCGAAGCUCUCGAUAAUAUUUAUAGUUUGUUCAAACAAAACAUAAAAUCUUGUAAUGCUAAGCGGCGAAGGAAACGCCGGAGUACUGUGAAAAACACUAAUAGGUCUAAUUAGCAAAAAAGCAACUUUGCACAUGCAGCCCACUUUUUUUGUACAUUUUUUUGUCGUUUUUUUUGCACGACUACAACGUGAAACUUCCAGAAACUUCUUAGUUACACGUUUUAUGGAGGAAAUGUCGUACGUGUUCUCGUUCACUUUUUUUUUUUUUCACUGCCGCCCAUUUUCACAUUGCAUUGGUGGGCGCUAGCAUUUCUGAUUUUGUCACCGCCGCAACAAAAUUUUCAUGUCGUUCUUCCAACAAAAAAAUAUCUCCUUUGUUUUCAUCUCUCGCUCUAGAUCUCUGUCGCCCUUUUUCUCACUUCGCUGACCUUCCGUCUACUUUCUCUUUUUCUCUGUCUUACUCUUGCUCUAUAUUCCAAAUUGGUGGACAUGACAAUUAGUGUACGGAUACAGAGACAAUUUCCGCUUUCCGCUUUCCUCUUUAGUUGCCUCUGCUUCAUAAGGCGAGGGUGACUAUGUGAUUUCCCGUCAAAAUAACCUCAAGUUACAUUUGAGUUAUCAUGCCUGUUUAUUGAGUUAUUUUACAUUGGUAUGCCUUUGGUGCGGACGGACGGUCGGGCCAGCGUACGGUCAAGUGAUUACCAAAUUUUCCCGGAUGGGUAGUUUGCCACAUUUUCUUACCCAUGGUACUUCGCGCGCGAGAGCUCCACUAGUAAUUUUUAUAGGAAAAAUAGGCUUGCCUAGAAUUGCCUGCAUUAUACCCACCUGACUGGCUCACCAUGAAGAAUCUACUAUGUUUUCGAAGCAAUAGCGAGCUCUCCUUUCAGCAUUUUAUUCUUGCAAUCGAUCUUUUUUCUAAGAAAAAGUUUUACUAUAACCAAUAUUACUUUAAAACAUUCGUCAAAACAUGCUAGUAGAAUCCAGCGCUACACCUCUGUUAACGAUUGAUGAAUGAGAUUAAGUCCAACGUCAGAGGAUAGCCAGUUUUAUCGGACAUGUAUUCCAACUAACUUAUGCGGCUCGCAGGGUGUACUUUGCAGGUUGCAGGUUCCAUUUCUACCGUAGGUACGGCAGAAGAGAUAGCGACGAGGAACCGGUCUUUUCUGUAGAACUAUGUGCUAGCGAUGCCAGGAGCGAUGAGAAGGACAGCAGCGAUGAAGGAGCAGCUGAUAUCACAAUUUUAAAACCUUCCUUCUUACCUUGAAAGAUCUGGAACUAAAGGAUCGAUUUACAGAACUGAGAUUUGAAAUUUCCAGUUUUGCGUGACUCUGUCAAGAAUGUGAGAUCACCAAAACAUCAUCGUAAUGUCCUGCUUUAGGGGCUCGGAAAGAUCUGUAAAACAUUUUGGACAUUAAACUCUUUUUCAAAUUCCAACCUGCAACCCUAACCUGCAACCUGCAAAUUCCAACCUUCGUAUGCGGCUAUGGUUGACAAACUCAUUCAACAAGAAAAGCUGAAUCGCUGCCAUGGCUGUGUAAUUCAACACCCAAGUCAAAACCAACAUUCUUGCUUCAUGAUGGAUAACAAUGAUGCAUGAAUGUAUUACCACGAUGAAGUGGGGGAAAAAAUAAACCUGAAUUUUAUCCUGAAAGCUACCGAACGUAUAUGCAGUGCUCUUGGCUUCAAGUUACGUAAAUCAUGGGAAGCGUACGUUUCAGAGCUGCCAAAAAUGCCAUGGACCAGUACUUACCUCGCUUCUGUAGAACUUGAUGUUGUCCAGGGUGACGAUCUUCAAAGCCGUAUUUUAUACGCUCUAUAUACUUCGGACCAAAUGGGCUCAGAUGGAAGGAUUUCAUCAGUGAUCAACAAGAAACAAUAGAAUGCCCUGAAAGAGUCCGUGAGAACCAAUGGACCUUGACUUGAUAACUACCAAGGCCAAAAGGCCAAACCAAGGCCAAACGGGCCAAACUCAGGCCAAAAGUGACGAAAUGCACUAAAGGGCCAAGUUUCGUAAUACUUUCUCUUCCUUGCUUAAUCUCAGAGUCUACUCUCUUUGGCAAAAUUCUCUAGACGGCCCCGCCACACCUAUACAACUGGGACAACUGUACCCCAAUUUGGCCCGUCUUACCCUCUAAAUAACUUUUCUGAUAGGAAAACAAUAAAAAUGAGGAGCUGAUGGUGGUGACGACGUCCUAUGGCGUAAGUCCACUAUUAUUUACGAAGGAGAACGCUUAGUUAACCCGCCUUCACCAAUUUUCUUUAAAAGAGGAGCGUUACUUUCUGAAGUUUAGUUUCCUAUCAGGAUACGUUUUGUUCAAACCAAACAAUGUGGAACAGUAACCAUCAUUACAACCAUCUUUACCAAGAUGCUGGAAAUUAUGAAAACAGCGAAGAAAGCGAUUUCUCCCAAGAAAGCAAAGCCUCUAGCGAAGGAACGGAGUCUUCCCAAGAAGAAACAGGGCACUUGUAGCCUUGGUCACGCUUUUUUGAUGAAGCCGAGAAACGCCACGAGACCCAGCUCAACGCUUUGAUCAAUCAAAACGAAGAGAACGGAGAUUCAGAAAACGUGGCUAGUAUUAAAGCCGAGAACGCUCUUCAUCCUGUUUAACGAAAAGAACUGAGAAAAGUACUCUUAGAUUAUCUACAGUGGAUGCUUGCAAUGAAAAACGAUCGCACCUUCUGAAAAGUGAUGGAAACCCAAAAAGGACUUAAAGAUACUGAGGGAUUUGAUUGGCUCUAGUCGAGAGAACUAGCGAUCGAUAAGCGAAAAUUCUUACUCAAUAGAUUGUAUGAAAAGCAGCCCAUUCCACAAGAUCAAGACUAGACCUACUAUGAAUGUUAUAGAACUUUCUUCUGGACCUUUAUAUUGUUGCGUCUCAAUAAUAACUGUAAACAAUCAAUCUUUGAGUGUCUUUUAUUAAUCACUUCACAAUUUUUACAACCUUUUGUCUAUACAGGAUGUUACAUGAAAAUUAUCAUUCAAAACAAACUUGUUUCAUUGAUUUAGAACAAACAGGAAGACCUAGGGUUCCUUAUAUUGCUAAGCAUGUUGAUGCAUUUUGAUCUGCGUGCAUCUUGUAUAAAAGCUGUAGAAUAAAAAGGUAACUUUUUAUCUCUUUCUAUCUCUUCACGUUCUUCAGUGGUGAUGACAUAACGGUGGAAAGGAACGUGUUUACCUUCAAUGUGUCUUUCAUACUAAGCCUUCAGCACUCGUUAACUUUCUGGGAAAUGACCGCAGUCACUUGCGUACUUGUAAUACGCCUGACUGAGCAAAUAGUUUUUCUCUAGACUAAGACGUAUAGGAUCUGGAUGUUCUGGAGAGUCUUUUUUCAUUCUUUGAACAUAAAACUUGUACGAUUCCCAUCCAUUCUCUGUAUCUAUGCCCGUGAAAGAUGUUAGGACUUCCUAGACUGUUAAAACCGUUGACACACAUUUAAAACCCUUCGUUAUCUUCGCGUGUAUGGCGUUGGUUUUGGAUAAAUGCUUUCUGUUUAGCCUCUUGGCCUCGUUUUUCAAAAUAUCGCCUUUAUGUCUCCAUAAGGAAGGAAUCGUACGACCUGUGGCUGAGGCAAAUACGAGAGCCGCUCCUUGAUCCUAUGCGAAGGUCUAUCCACAUGAAAAAGUUACACUCCUUUUAGUAACAUGUCAAAAACAUACGAUCCUUGCUCAAUUAAAGCUGUUUACUUUUUCUCAAUGCCGGAUUGUUGGAACAAUCACCGACCUACUGAAGGACUGAGCUGCGUAUUGUCUCAUGAGAGUGUGUAUGAUGUGCGAUCCACUCUAUGUCCUCUUUCCAUUUUGAAGCAGGGGAAAACAUAAAGCACAUUUUCUCAGGGCAGAGCACAUUGCAAAAUCCCUUCGCUUUUUCUACCAAUUCCAACAUUGAAAGGGGGUGAGACGGUCAAAGCUGACCAGGUAAAGAACUCGCCUUAUCUUCUGUCUACAUCGGUGUAACUCUCGAUUCAACUUGCAUGUUUGGAGCAAUGUUUUAAAAAUAUUGGUAAUAGUAAUAAUUUUUUCCUAGCAACCUGAACUUGCUACAACGAUAGCGCGUUCAAAAACUGCCCGCUUUUAUUUUGAACACAUAAUGGAUUCUACAUGAGCCCAUCAGAUGGGUAUAGAACAGACGAGUCUAGGUAAGCCUAUUGUUCCUAUCAUAUAAGAGGGACGCUCCUUAUGCAUGGUUCAAUUUGACCUGUUACCAUCCCCUCCGGGCAACCCCGGGAAUAAGUCCAGCCCUUCGGUCCCGGGGGUGAGAAUUGUUUAAAGUGGUCCUGCCCCAGGGUUAAGGGGGAUGGGAUAAAUAAAAAUAACUUCUCUUUGAUUUUGCAAAGUACGUGUUAUUUCUCGUGUGGUUUGCACGAAGCUGCGGAACUCAAGGGAAAAUGCACGAAUUUAUGGGAGAGUGGUUGGAGAGAAAUAAGCUAUCAAAAUUACAGCCUGUAUUUCAAGGUAUGUUUUAAAGAUUCAAACAAAUGAGCGUAUAGUGCGUACUGCUAAUGGAGGAUUUUUUUGCAAUACAAACAAAGAAAUAUUCCUUCAGCCUAGUUUAAUAAUAACACAACUUAAACAGACUUAGCCUGUGCACAGACGGGGACGGCUGUACACGGGCUGAAAUAGACUGUAUAUAAAAACGGAUACAUGGCACUUUAUAAGGCCACCAGUCUGAAUGUCAUAGUCCGACCGAGAUAGCUAACCGAUCAGAUUGCUUGAAUAACCAAGAUCAGUGAAAUAGACAUUCAGACUAGUGUUCUUAUAAAGUGCUCUAAGGCGAUUCAGAGUUUUUUCUUCCUUUUCGUUUUCAAAUGUAUUGUUAAUGUUUUAACUACAAACAUGUAUUAUCUUUCUCUCAAUAAACUCUAGAAAACGUUUCUAAAAGUUCUGAAAACGUCUCAUUUUGCUAUUGUACGGAAAUCACCACUGCCCUCAAAAUUAAAGAUGUAUCCAAAAAAACUUAUAUGAGGUCGAUCAGGAGCUCGGCGUUGGGGAAUUGUCUCCCUUUGCGUGCCCGGGGGUGGGGAAUAGACCAAUAGAAAAGAAAAAGAUUGCAAUCCCAUUAAAAGGUCAAACUGAACCACGCAUUAGUAAACGUAUACCGAAUUAGUAUCCAGGAAGGUAUGUGAAUGUUAAUGAUUUACCUAUACCUAUACCUAUACACCAACAAGGCUUAUUAAUUCUGACCCUCAAUAACUACUAAUAACUUUGGUGAUCUUCACAUGUCCCAUCUGCUAGUUCUGUCUUAUUAUCCCGUUAUUACACCGGCUGACAGUGGAGUCGAUAAGCUCGGCAGGGUAGUGCAGCUGUAAAAAUGUGGACUUUAAUGAUGAAGAUAUGAUAAAUUGAUUUCGUGAUUUUUUUUCCAGAUGACUAUCUUCCUAAUGACCCUUACACGAACUACUUGCUGUGUCCGCACUUUCACUUUAGUGGGACGUUUCUAGCAGAUGCUCACACUGGUAAUAAUAAAAAUUCCAACUUCAACCCUGAGAAGUUCAGCCAAUCCGACAUGGCAUGGAACCCCAGAGGAAGCGGAGGGUGGAGCGUAACUGCCAAUGUGACCGGGAUUUGCUAUACCAACGGAGACUGGGUCGAGUAUGGAGGAGAAGAUAAUACCAACGAUGAUCCAAUAUUGGGAGCUCCUGUACUGGGUAAGAAGGGCCCUAGGAACUUACUGUAUGGAUUGUGAGAUUCACACUGAUUCACAGCGUAACAUUAAACAAGAUUCAUCAUCAUGCAUGGAGGACAAAUGUCUCCCAUAUUCCAUAGAUACCCAAAAUAUUCAGUUUAAUAAUGAGUACUGAAAUUUUGAUUACAAAGAAAGAACAACCGUUCUUAUGCCACAAGUUGAUGAAAUGUUGUUGCAAAAAAUUCAAUUCUGGCCGCCGGGGGGUACCCGUUUUUUUCCUCGUAAGAUACCAAUGUAUCUAAAAUGUACUUGAAAUUACCUUGAAACAGAAUACCAUUUACCCAAAAACAGUUUGUCAGGGCACUGAGACUCCUAGUCUUCCUCGCAGCCGUUUUUAGUGUCGCCACGCAAUGCUCCUCCCCACAACUUUAUUGACGUUUCUGGGGAGGAGCGUUGCGUGACGAUACUAAACGGCUGCGAGGGAAACUAUGAGUCUCCAGUCUGUCCAACCUUUUAUAACUUUAUAAAUCGGAAUAUUUUUAACGACAGGCUAAUGACGUGAGUGUCAAAGACAAGGCAAGACAAUAUAUAUAUUUAGUAAAAUCCAACUAGUUGUCUAUUAUCAAUGCUGCGUUCUGAUUGGUUGAGCGACUACCAAGCUACUUGUUAUAGCCCACUAGCAGCAAAAAGCUCCGACCUUGAAAACCAAAACAAUGGCAGCUGAAUCGCGUUUUGAUAGCUAAAGUUGUUUUGUCUUGACAUUUUUGAUCAACUUGUUUGACUUUACUAAAAACUAUUAUUCCUCUCGCCCUCGUGGCCUCUUAGUCAAUAGCCCAUUCGGCCUUCGGCCUCAUGGGUUAUUGACUCAAAGCCCAUUCGGGCUCGAGGAGUAAUUGUUAUAAAGCUAUUCAAAUGAAGAAAAGUUUCGGAAAUGUUCAAUGUGGCCAGUAUUGAAAUACUUAUAAAAAGAAUCUUUUAUUAAAGUCAGUGUAAGAUUAAGAAAAUUUCUAGUACCAAACUGCUUUUCUUAUUCGUCAGAUGGUGGGAACAAGACGUCUGCAAAGCUGGUAGACCUUGACACUGAGGUUGAAUUGUAUUAUUGUGAAAUGUGGGGUUGGAGAAUUCGAAUCGGGGAUUUGUUUUCCGCUGAUUAUACUCCAAUACCACCUCAGUACCUGUGGAAGAAAAAGAUUGCCAAAGAAGGGGAGAAAACUAAUAGUACUGCUUUUGGUGUAGCUUAUCAGUCGGUGCUAUCAAACAUUUCAUGGAUAGACAAUGGAAACGGCUCCCCGUUUAUCCAGAAGCUUCGAAGGGCGAUGAAACAAGAUAACAUUUCCUGCAAAGAUCUUUCUAUACGUUUUAAUCUUGAUAUGUACGAGACCUAUUCAAGAAAAAACACCUUUACAACGGGACGCAUAACGGGUAUAAGCUUUCUUCCGUCUUUUUAUUUUAAUUUUAAUUUUCUCACGGUAUGUCACUGGUUCCACAUUCGGGCCAUUUAUACGGGAUCAAUUAAGCCGCCGCUUACUUAAGACGCGAACAUCCCGUCUAAAUGGUACAAAAUCUACGUUCACGACUUAUUCAACCCAUGGCUAGAGAGGAGUUUUGGGCUGGGCUUAUCCUAGCCGAGGCUUACCUUGGACGUGAAAGUGUUCGUAUAAAUGUCCUCAAACGUUGUCGGCGGCUUGACGAGGCCGUGAAUAAUUUUUGCGCAUGCUCUAUUUUCAGUUAUAUCCUAGACCUUCAUGGCCGAGAGACGCGCACUGUAGUGUCGGGGAAAUGACCUGCUGCACGAGAGAGCCAGAAAUUCGUCUAAACUCAGCACCUAAUCCAUCGCCGGAACAUCUCUUUCAAACCACUCGAUUGAUCGCUGACGAACUUUUCAACGAGGUUUUCACAACAGCCCAAGACUAAUCUUGACCGAAAUAAUAAUUUAAAACGAAAAACUAAGACAGUGUUAAAAAUACGGCGACUUUCCUGACCGAAGCCAAUCGUUUCUCAUUUUUGCUCGCUCGAGCAAUUGUUGAAUAUUACGCGAGGCACCAAAACAAACUACGUCACUGAUCGGGCCGGUCUGAUGGCGAAGUAAGCCGUGAACCAGUUCGUGUCUUAUGUAAGUCCUACAAGUAUAAAUGGUUCUUUUCACGUCUUAUGAAAGCCGUGGCCAGAGUAAGCCGCGGCUUAUUUUUUCUCUUAUAAACGGCCCUGAUAUCUUAGGCCCCGUCAACACCAAUGCGUUUUCGCUUAAAAUGCACACAUUUGACUCUGAAAAGCCCCGUGGGGACGAGCCAAUAAAGUAUGUAUGUAUGUAUGUAUGUAUUUCGAUGCGUUUAGAACUUCCAUCCACACUAAUAAGCUGAGCGUUUUCAUCGAAAACGCAUCGAUUUGAAAACUCUUUUGAAAGUGGCUCAAAACUAAACCGCAUACAUAUCCUCAGAGUGGACGGUCGAAAACGGUCUGAAAACGCUUCAAAGUGAAAACGAUGAUAAAAAAUAUCGCAGGCGCAUGUGUUUGUAGCAUAUGCUUAGAGUUAUACUUACGUCACAACUUGCAAUUCUAUCGUUUUCGAACGUUUUAGUGUGGACGGUGAAAAACGUAUCAAAACGGUAGUGUGAACGCGAAUCCAUCGAUGCGUUUUCGAUGUCAACGAAAACGUAUACUUUUGAAAACGCAUUAUGUGGACAGGAACUUAGUUAGUUUCUUCCUUUUCUUUUCCAGCCAUCAUUACUCGGUAACACUGUCUUCUAGGAUUGUAAUACAACUGACACUUAUAUAAAAGUAGAUCAUCGCAGUUAUAGACGCAACUUUUGCAGUUGCGAAAAGAAAGCCUAAAAAAAAAAUAGAAUAAAAUUCAGGCUUGUACGGGAUUCGAACCCUUGACCUCUGCGAUGCCGUUGCAAUCGGCUCUUACCACUGAGCCUAUAGCCACUUUGUGAGUUUACAACAUGUCCGUAGACUUGAAGAAUGAAAUUGAAUGCAUGGAAUUUUCACAGCAGAAGUAAUAACUUCUUGUUGCUAAUAGUUUUGAAAGAAUAACAGUUUAGCUUUUAACACUUGCUGCCUGUUCACGCAUUAUUGUUUAUGACUCAUUUAUUUCGCAGGCACAAUAGGUUUGUUGGGUGUCAAGUCUCCAAAAUUCGUUACUCACGGUCGUAUGCUGAAGUCAUUGUCGACUCAACUUCAAGAUGCACCGUUUUAUGUGGAUCAAGCGAAAAGAAAGGUGUUUGUGGACUUUGGAAACAGUUUACCAAUUGAUGGAGAUGGAAACUGGGACACAGAGGUCCUGGAUACUUUAUUUUUGGCUGUGCCUAAGAACACAAAUCCAGCGCUUAACUGUUUUGAUGAUUUCCUAUGGCUGGGUUAUAUUAAAUACAGGUCACCAAACUGGUAUACCAACACUGCCGGAGUCCAGGUUUUCCCAUCAUAUGGCACUUUUUCAUCAGAUGAUAUGGACACAAUUAACAACAAACCAUUGGUUGUCGCUAAGGUAUUACUCAAUGUACAUGAUUAUACAUGUAACAGAUAAAAAUGGCAAACAUCGCUUUGGACUUUUCUUUGUAUUUAAAUCCAGCAUAAAAUUAUUCAGGAAUCAGUGCUAAAAAAUGCUGUAAGCAAUACGUGGUUUGCCAAAAAAAGCUUCCCGUUGCGUGGUCUAAGACAGCUUCCUUUCUAAAAAUAGCGUUUUAUGGAUUAGGGAGACUGAUGACUCAGUGGGGUUAAGUUGUUUUUGUCUCAUUUUUACACAAAUAGAAAUAUGACAGAAAAGGGGCCAUUUGGUACUUAUUUUUGCUUAAGAACAAGCUGCAUAAAGCAUAACCAAAAUAUUGCUUAUUCUCGCUUUUAAACUUCUGGUAGCUCAAGUCAAAAACUAUGGGCGGAUUUAGGGGUUGGCCGAGUGCACUAUGGUCACAAGACACCUGUCCACUGUUUACCCAGCACACGCUUUUGGACAGAAACUAAAACGACUUUUAUUUUUAGACUCUUGAAAAUACUGCUUGUACUGAGCACUGAUAGAGUUUCUCACCGUACCUGUCCAUCCUCGUUGUCGGUCCUCUUUGAAAAAAUUUUAACGCCUAUGUUAAUUUGUAGGUUAAAGGUACUUUGCCAAACUUAGACUGCAAGAAAAUAGUGUUAGCGGAAGCUAAAGAUGGUCAAGCUAUUCAUCCAUACGACAAAUGGGCUUUUCGAAAAAACCCUUCUGAGCAAGCUACUGUGAAGAUCUUUGCAACAAAGUUUGGAAAACCUUUUAGUAACGCAGUUGUGAUCCUGGAACCUUGCAAUGUUAAUUGUCCCAGAUAUAUCGAAGAGGGACCAUCAGUCGGUCAACCGCCUUUGCCUGAAGUAUCGCGCCAUGCUGUCACUGAUUGCAAUGGGAUCGCAGAGUACAACAUAUCAACAAUAGAUCCUAAGAAUAACAGGAGCUUCAUCGACGGGCAGAUCUACCUUUUUAGAUACUCCCUCCUCGAUCAUGAUCAAAAGCUGAGAGACUGCUUGGACAUGUGCAUAAACGAUCCUUACAAGUUACUUAAUUCGCUGGUGUUAUUCGAGUGUUUGACGAUUAUACUAUUGAUGGCGAGCCAACCUGGUUAGAUCAUGUGUAUCCUAUAUUCAAGCAAUACGCCGAUCUGUAUCCAGUGAUGACUGAAAACUUCGUAGAUUUAGGGAAUUACCAUGAAGUUAUAAAUUAUCGUCACAGGAUCCUAGUAUGUCUCGAGUUACCUGAAUCACAUCCAAACUACAUGCCUAUUACACGAGACCUGUCGAAGCCCAAGCGCGAUGUUAUCCUGAGAUGGCUUAAACAGAAAAAUCCACUUGUUGGUAAUCCAAAAAGCUUGUACACGGUGGAACAACUCCGUGAAGACCUACAGAUUGCACUUCAGCUGGAACAUUCAACUAUUCCACCAUACUUAACUGCUUGGGCCUCCAUCAAGAAGAGCUACAACCAGGAGGUGAAAAAUAUCUUGAGAGACAUAGUGAUCCAAGAAAUGAUGCAUAUGGCUCUUGUUGCCAACAUAAUCAACGCUGUUGGAGGAAAACCAUCUUUUUAUUCAGAAGACUUUAUCCCCCACUACCCAUCAAGACUUCCCGGUGGUGUACACCCUGAUUUGGUAGUUCCAGUGGAGAAGAUCUCCCUUGCGUUAAUAAGGAAUAUUUUUAUGACAAUUGAGCAGCCAGAGUAUGAGCUACAAGACAAGCUGGUACAUAUUUGGGAAUAUGUUAACCGUACUAGAUCCAGUCAUUGUCGGACGAAUGGCAAAGGGACAGGCUGCUUGAAAGAAGACAAGAACAACUAUCUUGGCCAUUGUCACCAUCCAUCUGAUCUGGAGGACAUCGCAAGGUCUGGUAUACGAGGUGAGCCUUGAGGACCCAUUGUUACACUGUACUUGAUCAUGAGAUGGGCACUUUCAUUUAUAGACUAUGUUGGUGAGUGCCCCUUUGAAGGGUAACAUUUUUCAACAAUUUGGUUUUUAAAUCAGUCUGCUAGUGAACUUCAUAAUUUUAUCAGACACGUUCCUACUUAGACGUUUUUACACUUAUCUAUUGGGUCAGCCAAUUAUAUGACGUCAAAAUGACGUACCAUUGUUUCACUCUUAUAGGCUACAUUGUAGAUCUGAUAUGAAAUAAUGAUAACUCUAGAAAAACGUGUAUCGCAGAACCUCGUGAAACUAAGGUUAAGGGCCGGCAGAAAAAAAAACUAAAAACGGACUAUCAAAAAGUAGUACCCUGGACCGCUUUAUCAUUAGGCAGAGUCCUUACCUUACCACUUAACUACGAUACGUAACAAAUAAAAUACUGGGGAAAAAAAACAUUAUAAGCACUUUUCAUUAAAGACUCUGUCGGAAUGCUCCGUUUAAAGGUGGUCGAGCCGCCUUUCAGGAAAAAUAGGCAGCGUUUUGAUCGUAUAAAGGCCAACUUUAAACUCAUUUCAUCGCAUUUGAAACUUACGUACGUACCCCUUACUGAGACGAUAAACUCGUUUGCAAGACAAAUGCCGGUUAUCUUACCUCUGUUUCGCUCUUAUUCUGAGGCUGAUUGUCCAAAUCGCUUCCUUGUUUUCUUUAAUGAACUUCUGCUAUCGAAAUUCAACGCCAGAAUAAUUGCUUGACCGCUUCGAAAAUAUAACUUUUCGUCCUAAUUCAAGCUCCAGUUGUUUCACAAACUGGUUUCAUAAGUUGAUGUUUCUUUAGCCAGGCAAUCAUAAUCGUUACACGCAAAAGCUGUCACACGUUCUCCACCUUACAGUUUUUCCACUAAAGGUUUAGCGACAAAAUACAGCACCAGUUGUUAAAAUAUCGUAAAAUUCCAAAAAUAAGCCCCUCCAUGUACAUAACAAGCCCCUCCAAAUAUAAGCCCUCCAAAUUUCCCUCCGUAGAUAAGCCCCUCCGAAUAUAAGUCCCUCCAAAAAUAUGCCCCUCAAAAAGGGCCUUUGAAAAAUAUAAGCCCCGGGGCUUAUUUUCGGAAUUGUACGGUACUCAGUGAUACUACACAUCAAAUGUAUAUUUUAUAAAAAGCACUUCAUUUUAGUGUCAAUGUAUUUAGCACAAGUACUAAUUUAGGACUCUAUUUUAGACCCCCACUGGAGACGGGACCGUCAUUUUGCGUGGUCAUCUGAGCUACGCGAAACACUCAUUAUAGGCACUAAAGUACUAAUUGGGGAUACUAUAUUGACGUGCACUGCUGGAAACGGGACGCUGAUUUUACGCGGUCAACCGUUAAAUGUACUUUAAACUAAACCAACAAAUAAGGUUUUUAUUUUUAAUUUCAGGUCACCUAUCUGCUGCAAUGGAACGGUCGCGUCAAGUCAUGGCAAAUAAGAAAAUGGGGAAACAGGUAUUGUGGUCGCUAGAGAAGUGAUUACUAAGAAAGAGAGCGCAAUUUCUCGCUCCUUGUUAUGUGGUAGCUUGUGUGGGAAAUCUGUUACCACCAGCUAACCUCCCUUCUUUACCACGAAGGCUGGUGAUUAUAAAAAUGGAAGGGCUCAAACACGUGACCGCUUUAAUUGGGUUCAUCAAAUACGAUAAUGUAACAUUGUCAUACUGAAGAUUAAUCUAUAAUGUUUUAAGUACAUGGGUAUGGCUUAGGAGUCCUGCUGGGUUGAAGCAAAGUUGACACUUGUUCUUAGUUGUAUUUGGCAAAAAUCACCCGUGUUCUUCUGAAAUUGACUUGUUUCUUUUAAUCUUUAUCUCAAUGUAUUCAGCUCCCUGGUAAAGAAAGUAGCAAAUUUGGACAUCACUAUAACACAAUUGGUAAUUUUUACCAUCACAUCUUGAAAGUCCUUGGAAAUUUGACAGAUUGUGGAAAUAAUAACAGCAUCUUUACAGGAAACAUGAGUAAACAGGUUACAACUCGCUGGCAUCUUAAAAAGCACGAUAACAUUUCAGUCUACGACUACCACUCUGCCGUUGACGCCAUUUACACGAUUAUUGACCAGGGUGAAGGAAGCAAUCCUUGUAACCCCAUUACUAAGGAUGAACUGGGUCAAAAGGAUCUUUCUCAUUACUUCAUGUUUCAAUCAAUUGCUGAGGAGAGAGGGAUUCAAGUGGUCAAGGCGAAUAAAAAAACUGCUGAUGCUGCGGUUUUGGGUGAACCGCCGAAGGUACGUUGUACGAGGCAAGAAAAUAAAGAUGGGAUAUAGGGAGGAUGGAUUGACCAAGCUUUUCUGUCUUAAGAGAAGGAAGGGUGGCAACUCUCCUUGUUCGCUUUAUGCUAGGAACGGAACCAUUGUAAGCUCAAAGCAGAUGAGCCCUUUAGUUCAGAUUCACUUACUUAAUUCACUUCAGCGGAAAUCAAUUCAAUAUGGCGGCAAAAAUCGGAACGAAGCAUUUUAGCCACUGUUUUAUUGAUAUUUGCUUCAAGUUUUCCUUUCCAGAUGCCUUUUAUGCAAAAAAUGUCAUGAAUGCUUCUGUUUUAUGAAUCAACGAAAAGCCCGUUUCCCCCCAAACUUGGCAGGAUCUUUCGUAAGGUAAUAACAAAGAAACGUGUGGUUGGGAGAAGACACUCAUGCAAAUGACGAAAUGUUCCAGUCCCUGGAAGUUAAUUUUUAGUCCUACUGCAAUAAUUUCAAGGAUUUUUCAACUAAGGUCUUCCCCAACCACAGAAAACUUACUUUUAUUUAUCUUAAUAUAUGCACGUUUUUGCUUUUAGAUUUCUUUGAACUAUUAAGGAGAAAGAUGCAAAUUAUAAUAUUAGGCGUAGGUUAAUGAUUAACUCGAAAAACCCAAAAGGAGGUCUCUGACACACAAAAAACGUUUUUUUGGUGUACCAUUUAAGUUUGUCAUUAAUAUUCUGAAGCUUUUAACGUAUCCAGGGACAUACUAUGUACAGUGUUUUCCAUUUAAAAUGACCAAAAUUAGCCUGGGCAGGUACCUUAAUGUGUAAAUUGCUCUGGACAUCACAUUUGGAGUGUUCAGAAUAUCAUGUCCCUCUUCAGUGUAGUGCUAUCUAGCUGGUAUGUCUUUCAACUUACCAAAUUUUUUCAGAAAGAGCCAGGUUAUUCUAUCCUUUUGCGGAACCUUCAACUGCGGUAUGGGUAGCAAUGUUUCUUAUAGAUAGGAUUUUACUCGCAGUCGAACUGUAGCAACAUUUUCAGUCUGCGUCCUGUGAAAGAUAUUGAUGUAAGCGAAUUUUUAUGGCCCGUUCAAUCAAGUUCAUUGUUUUUUAUCUCCCACAUCCCUAAUGUUUUACGCUCUAAAAAGAUUACUGAUGAUAAUUGUGGUUUACCCUCAAUAGCCUUGCAACGGCAGCUACUACUUCAAUGGUUCCAAGAUAAGCUUUGAUCCCGAAGGUGUUUGGCCAAUGAGUCCUAAUCCCCAGCUGUCGGAUUAUACGCCCGGCUCAAAAGCGUACAGGCAAGCUGUAUUGUUCAACAAAGCGUAUACCAAGUUGCUCAAAUCUCUGGAAAACACCUUUAACGGCAACCCUGACGAGGGACUGGAGAAUGCUAUCGGCCUUAUGUACGCAGUUGAGCUUCACUUGAAAAAUCUGUUACGCAUGCCUGUUGACGACAAUGGUGACCCAGAUAUUGGGCCUAACGCUGGUCCAACUUUUGACUUUACACCGUAAAGCGUUCUAGAUUUGCACAGUGCCUUUGCUAAGUAUAUUCAUUACUUAGAUGAUGAAUUCAUUCUGAUUAAUCUCAUUUUGCUCGUGAUUAGCUUUGUGUUGUAAAGGUAAUGUUGUUAGCAGAUUUCACUUUUAGACGUGUGUCUGUCUAUGAUCUUCUUGUAGGUUUUGCAAUUUAACACUGUUCAGUUUGGAGUUUCACUUGGCGUUUGAAGAUUUCAGGUUGGUUACUAUGUGUAGUGAACCAACAUUAGUUUUUAAAGUUUGUUAACAUUUAGAGACGCAGAAAUUAGAACUUUUCGUGAGAGUUCCACGUGUUUUCAUGAGAGUACACAGGACGCUGUGCAAGAGUGCUAUGGCGUCUUGCUUGCGGUGCUCUCUAGCUAGUUUUCCCACGCUUGUACAAUCAGUUUAAAAAGCUUGUUGCACGGUUGGGGUUUAUGUUCGAACUUUUGAGCAAACAGUAGAGUUGUUGAAAAACUGUUAAAAAGUUGCCUAGUUUUCCAAGGUUGUAUGAUCAUUUAACAAACAAAUAAACCAACAAACAACAAAAACAGGUGUGCAAUUGAGUAUGUUAUUUGAGUUUCUGAGCAAAUAGUAGAGUUGGAUAAGGGCUGUUAAAAAGUAAUGUAGUUUUGGUGAGAAGUGCUUCCUUUCAAUAAAGUUUACC